AUGGCGCGUCCACUUAACAUGGACACCCUUCAGCAGAACUUCUGGAAGGAAGAAUACGAGAAGGAGAUCGUGCUCCGUUUCGCCUGGCACCAGAAGUACGGCGCCCUGGUCAAAGCCAAGCAGGAGGGCUUACGGGAACGCCGCAAGAAAGCAGAGGACACCACCCUCCGCCUGCCCUCUGUCCGGCCCCCACCCCCAGUCAAACCCAGAACUCCCCCUCCGCCCCUCCCUCCUCCCCCGCCCAAGGCAGUCCAGCCGCUAGCUCGGCAACGGGACCUGACGGGGCUGGACAAGGCCCUCCUGGAGAUGGAGAUGAAGCCGGCUCCCCGCGAAGUGCGCAACCUUCUCUACCAGGGGAUCUCCCACGAGGACGAGGGACGUUACCGCUACUUGAAGCUGCGCCUCCUCGUCCCGCCGGAGGAGAAAUACACUUUCCCCAUCACCACCAACUUCACUUACGGCUGGCAGAUGGGGAAAAUGGCCACCUCCCACGUGGCCCCCACCGCCAAGACCCGCACCGACAGCUUCUUCCGAAAGAACGGCGCCUUCUCUCUGCUGCAUCCUCGGGAUGUGGCCCUCUGAGUGCCAGUGCCACAAAA